AUGGCUUCUUCACAACCACAACCAAUUAGUAUCGCAGAUCUUGACUUGAACCAGCUUGCGGAUGUACGGAGGCAGCUCGAUGAGGAGCUAACACAUCUAACGAACUCCUUUGCGCAACUAAAGCAAGCGCAAGCUAAGUUCAAGGGAUGUAUCGAGAGUGUCCAGGAGGUCAAACCCACGAACAAGGACAAAUCCAUCCUGGUCCCUCUCACUAGCUCACUAUACGUUCCAGGAAAGCUUUGUGAUCUAGAGAACGUCAUCGUGGAUGUUGGCACUGGAUAUUAUGUUCAGAAGACUCGCGCGCAAGCUGUGAAACAUUACGAGUCCAAAGUUCAAUACAUCGAGUCCAACCUGGACACUCUACAGGAGGCCAUCCAAAAGAAGCAGGAUAACAUGGGAUAUCUAGUGAAUGUGAUGCAGUCGAAGUUGCAGGCUCAGCCCGCUGGCAAGAAUGACAAGGAUUGAGCACAAGGUGGCUAUCAUAUGCGCUGCGAGCACGCUUGGCCUCUCCAGGACCUCCGAAUGAACGAAAUCAUCCAUAGCAUAUCAUGCUCAGAGGCCAGAGCAGGACUACAGACAUUGUGCGACGGUCGUGCGGUGCGCGC